CACAACUUUUCUGCAACUCGACCACAACACUCUCGACAGCUUUCACUUCUUCGAAUCACUGGUCGCAUAAGCCACUACUUCCGAAUCUAUCUAUCAUCAUGCCCAAGGCAGAAGUCGGCAGCACAAAAUGGCUCUCCAACAACAUGAAGUCCAAGGGCCUGCAAAGGCUGCGCUGGUACUGUCAAGUGUGUCAGCGUCAAAUGCGCGAUGAGAACGGUUUCAAGCAGCACACCUUGUCCGAAGGCCAUGUGCGCGCUAUGCUGCUGGUCGGCGAGGAUCCCAAGAAAUACAUUGCCCAAUACUCGGAAACAUUCAAGAAGGACUUUUUGACUCUCCUGAGGACGUCUCAUGGAGAGAAAAAGGUCUAUGCCAACCACUUCUACCAGGAAUACAUCCACGACAAGGAGCACAUUCACAUGAAUUCUACUAAAUGGCCAAGCUUGACUGAAUUUGUCAAAUACCUUGGAAGAGAGGGUAUCUGCAGAGUUGAAGAAGGCGACAGAGGCUUGGAGAUUGCGUGGGUCGAUGACAGUCCUGAGGCACUCAGACGCAGAGAGAUGGUUCGCAAGAAGGAAGCCAUGGAGAAGGGUGACGAAGAGCGUGAGACCCGCAUGCUUGAGGCGCAAAUUAAGCGUGCACAGGAGAAGAAGCGACAACAGGAAGAGGAAGACCGAUUGAACCACAAAACUCAGGACGAGGAGACGAAACCCAAAAAGGCCCAAGAAGGACCCUUGUCAUUUAGUCUUGGUCUAGGAUCCAAACCAGCGACUACAGACUCAACAGAAACAGCUACGGAGAAGGCACCUUCGCCGACAGAGAAAGCUCCCGAGUCCAAGGCUGAGCCUAUUCUAGAGUUCAAGACUGGAGACGAGAAGCCAGCAGAAUCUCCCGCACCUCCAGCUGCACCCAAGCUUUCUCUCGAUCUAGGAUCCAAGCCCAAGCGUGUCAACGUGUUCGCGGCUGCAUCAAAGUCCAAGUCUAAUCCUCUCAAGGAAAAGAAGCCUGCGCAGGUGAUCGAGGAACCCAAGAAAAUGAGCGCAGCAGAGCGCAUCAUGAGAGAAGAGAUGGGCCGGAAGCGCAUGCGUGACGACCGUCAAUCUGGCGGUGGUAAGCGACCCCGUCUUGGUUUGUAAACUAUAACUCUAUGUUCUGCACGUUUAGCGAGGCGCUUGGGAAGGGGAAACAUGGCAUGACUUACGACUGCAUUAUCGGUUAUCAAAGGUAGGAAUGGACACUCAGUUCCUGCUUGGAUCAAGUCUCAGAAAUCAGAGUCCUCUUCGUGAAUUGUUUGAGCCAGCAAACCA